ACACUGGGCUCUUUUUUUUAUUUUUUUUUUUUAAUUUAAAUCAUUAUUUCAUUUCGUUUCUCCCACCCUUGCCUCCCCGGAGCCGAUUACCCCCGGCUCCUCAUCCCCGGCGAUGUCGGGCAAAUCCAAGUUGGGCUCGCCUGGUUCCUAAUUAACGCGAGCAGCUCCAGGAAACCAUCUCCACGGCAACCUCAAACCUCCGGGCUGUGCCUCGGAGCUGCUCCGCCGUGCCCAGGACCUCGGGCAGGAUGAAGCUGCUGGUGACCGUGCUGGUGACGCUCAUCCCGCUCCUCCCCAGCGCCUGGGGCAGCGAGGCCUCGCGGACCUGCAUCUUCCAGACCCUCAGCAAGCCCGACCACGAAUUCUGCAGAGGGGGAUUGGAAGUCAUCUACCCCGAGGUGGGCGACGUCAGCUGCUCCUACAUCCCCAAGUGCCACGGCUUCCGCCAGAAGCUGAGCGGGGAGUGGGGCCAGCCCCGCGUCCGCUACCCCCACGCCAAGAAGAGCAAGAAAUACGUCCUGGUGAUGGUGGAUCCCGACUCUCCCAACAGAGCCAACCCCCAGCACCGCUUCUGGAGGCACUGGCUGGUCACCGACAUCCUGGGUUCGGAUCUGAAGGUUGGGAAGAUCAGAGGGAAGGUCCUGACGAAUUACAGCCGGCCCAAGCCCCCGCGCUACAGCGGCUACCACCGCUACCAGUUCCGCCUGUACCGGCAGCCGCCACACGAGGCCAUCGCCCUGAGCACCGAGGACCAGGAGUCGCUGGGCACCUGGAACUUGAAGGACUUCGUGGAGGAUUUUGAUCUGGGCCACCCCGUGGCCUCGACCCAGUUCCUCACCAAGAGCUACAAGGAUUAACUGGGGCCUUCCUUCCCUCGCCCUGCGCACCCCCAACACCACGGAGCCACCGAGGGGACCCCAGGAGCCACCGAGGAUGAACCCACCCUGCUCCCAGCCCAGAGCCACAGCACCAACCCCGACCCCUCCCUCUGCCCUUCCCCCUGGGGAACGUGCCGAGAGGAGCCCCAGCCCGCCUGGCUACCCCAGGAAUUCUGGCGUCACCCCUUCUCCUCCCUUCACCCCGUUUCUGACUCGACCCCCUGCAUGUCCCCCUGGCACUUUGGGGACUUCG